AUGGCUUCCACCAGACCAACGGAAAAGGAAAUACGGGGCCGCAAAGCUCGGCAGGUGGAGCAAGCCUUGGACUAUAGCUCCACUGCUGUUCACCGGCCGGGUCAGCAGCACUUGAAUCUAAAUGGGCUAUCGUUUUCCUUGUUGUCGGAGGCGCAUCGAUCCCAUCUCAAGACUUCUGCAGAGCAGCCGGAGCAAGCUAGUUUCCCUGCUGCAACGGCAUCUGUGGUAGUCACGACUCCUGUAUUCGCUGGCCUCUCUGCAACUGAGUUUGCUGCUGCCGGCAAAUCGGCGGAUGUCGACCUCUCAGAGCCCAUCUUGCUUGCAGUGCUGCACUGCCUGCUCGAUCGAGAUGAAUGUCUAUAUCAGACCCACAAUUGCAGCUCCAAUGCUACCUGUACAAACACGGUUGGGUCCUACAACUGCACAUGUGACUCUGGGUUUUCAGGUGACGGCACAUCCUGCAAAGAUGCAGAUGAGUGUCUAUAUCAGACUCACAAUUGCAGCUCCAAUGCUAACUGUACCAAUACGGUUGGGUCCUACAACUGCACAUGUAAAUCUGGGUUUUCAGGUGACGGCACAUCCUGCAAAGAUCGAGAUGAAUGUCUAUAUCAGACCCACAAUUGCAGCUCCAAUGCUACCUGUACAAACUCUGUUGGGUCCUACAACUGCACAUGUGACUCUGGGUUUUCAGGUGACGGCACAUCCUGCAAAGAUGCAGAUGAGUGUCUAUAUCAGACUCACAACUGCAGCUCCAAUGCUAACUGUACCAAUACGGUUGGGUCCUACAACUGCACAUGUAAAUCUGGGUUUUCAGGUGACGGCACAUCCUGCAAAGCUUCUCUUCUUUUCUUCAAUCCAAACACGAAAACAGUCUCUCCGCUGCAAAUGUUCGCCACUUGA